GAGCUCUAAAAGUAAGAGCAUUGAUCCUUAGUGAGAAAUGGUGGGAUGAUGUGGAAUAUGUUUUGAAUUUCACUGAGCCCAUCAUGAGCAUGAUCAGGUAUGCUGAUACUGAUCGCCCAUGUUUGGGCGAGAUUUAUGAUGGCAUGGAUUGCAUGGUGGAAAAAAUAAAAGAAGUAAUAAAUAGAAAAGAAAAUGACCCAACAAAAACAUUUUUCAAAGUUGUGCAGAAAAUUGUUGUUGACCGUUGGAACAAGAUGACCACCCCCUUACAUCUCUUAGAAUUUGCUUUGACGUCAAAAUUUUAUAGUGCAGAGAUGCUUGCAACACCAAGGAGGGUGCCACCAUAUAGAGAUGCUGAGGUUGCUUCUGGCUAUAGGGCUGCCUUUAAAAAGAUAUAUCAAGAUGAGGAGACAAGAAAUAUUGUCAUAAGGGAGUUUGGCCAAUUUGUAUCUGCAAAAAAUCAUGAUGUUGUAGCUCUUAAUGCUAGAUAUGGGAUGGAUGCUGAUGAGUGGUGGUAUGUACAUGGUCAAGGCUCCGUUUACUUGCAGCCUCUUGCAAUUAAACUUAACUCCCAAGUUGCAAGUUCUUCUUCAGCUGAGCGGAAUUGGAGUACAUACUCCUUCAUCCACUCAGUCAAACGUAAUCGUUUGGGUGCAAAGAAAGCUGAGGAUUUGGUCUACGUACACUCCAACCUUCGUUUGUUGUCACAUAAGGACCCUGAAUAUAGUGAGGGUGUAACAAGGAAUUGGGAUCUAGCCCCUGAGUGUGCUGAUUUAGAUGCUAUAGUUGCACAACUUUGCCAAGUCUCUAUAGACGAGGCGGUUAUGGAAUUUGAGAGAGACAUAGCUAGUGGGAGUGGCAUUCCAUUUGAUAUUGGUUCAAUUGAUGCUGAAUUUGAACCACUUGAUGACCGUGGGCUUGGGUUGGAUGCUUCAGAUGAAGAUGAAUAUGGAAUUUAAAUCCCAUAGAUGGCUUGUAAUUUGAAUGUUUAACUUUAUACUUUAUUGUGUCAUGACAUUUUCACAUUUUGAAACUUGAAAUUUGAAUAUUAUCUUUUUUGCAAAUUAUGAAUAUGAUAUUACAUUUAUGAUUUAUGAUAUAUCAAUAUCAGAAUAUUUAUUGGCAUUGGCAAUUAUGGAUUUAUGAUUUAUGAUUUAUCUGUUAUCAUUGUAUGGGAAAGUUACAUUGUAUGUUUCAUAUUUGUAUGUUUGAACUAUGAACAUAUAUAAUUUUGAUGUUUGAAGUUUGAACAUAUAUAUAUAUAUAUUAAAAAAAAUUAGAAAAUAUAUAUAUAUGUACGG